UGGCCGUCUCCUUAGCAACGGGCAGCUGGGGCUCGCGCUGCUCCGGCAAUAAAAAAAAAAAAAAGUCUGCUUCGCCUAUUAUUGUUUUGUUCCUCUUCUUUCGCGGGCUGCAAGUUCGGCCGCAGGAGAGGAAAGGGAGGCUUUGGACAAGCGGCGAUGGCUUCGGAUUUGGAGGAGAGAGUGCGCGCGGCUUUGCUAGACAAACUGCAAAUGAUGUAAGUGGGGGUUGGGGUUUUUUGGGGGGGCGAAGGGUCAAAGAGAGAAGGGCCUUGGAGACUGUGCUGGCCGUACAGUAGCGGGCGAAGGUUCCGCAAGGGUUAAAAGGAAGGGCCUUAGCUCAGCGGUAGAGCAACGCGCUUUGCUAGUGCAAAAAGUCCCAGGACGCAGCAUCGAUUCCCAACACCUUCGGGGGGAGCAUGGAAAUAAUCAUGGGUGUAACCAAGGGGGAGGGGCAGGGGGAAGCUGCCCCCCCCGUAAAUCAGGGAAAAAUAAUACAAAUCAAUACAAAUAUGAGGUUCUGCCCCCCACCCCCAACAAAAGCUUGCACCCCCAACAAAAAUCCUGGCUACGCCCAUGGAAAGAAUCCCCUCUAAAAACACUUGUAGACUAGGGUGAUGUGGGUAUUGUGCAUCUGUACCAAUUUAACAAGCAGGGCUUCGCUCAAAGAAUGAUGGGGACUGAAGUUCGUUAAGGGUGCUGAGAGUUAUUUGGAGAUCCUCACUAUUCCCCUCACAGAGCUACAAUUUCCAGGAAGUUUUUGCAAUCAAUCUGCCUUCCCAGGAAACUCUGGAACUGUAGCUCUGUGAGGGGAAUGGUGUGUGUAUGUGUGUGACAGCAUCCUUAACAAAGCACAGUUCCCAGGAUUCUCUUGGGGAAGCCAUGACUGUUUAAGUGUCAUAGUGCAUGAAGUUGUAUACAGUGAAUGUAGCCUACAACUUUGACAGAUGAUAAUAAAAUAAUAAUUUUUAUUAUUUAUACCCCACCCAUCUGGCUGGGGUUCCCCAGCCACCCUGAGCAGAUCCCAACAGAAUAUUAAAACCACGAUAAAACAUUAAACAUUAAAAACCUCCCUAAGCAGGGCUGCCUUCAGAUGUCUUCUAAAAGUCAGAUAGUUGUUUAUUUCUUUGACAUCUGAUGGGAGGGCAUUCCAGAAGGCCCUCUGUCUGGUUCCCUGUAACUUCACUUCCCGCAGUGAUGGAACUGCCAGAAGGCCCUCGGAGCGGGACCUCAGUGUCCGGGCUGAAUGAUGGGGGUGGAGAUGUUCCUUCAGGUAUACAGUGGUACCUCUGGAUGCGAACAGGAUCCGUUUCAGAACCCCGUUCGCAUCCUGAGCAGAACGCAACCCGCGUCUGUGCGGCUGCGGGUCAUGAUUCGCCGUGUCUGCGCAUGCGCAUGACGUCAUUUUAAGCGCCUGCGCAUGCGCAAGUGGCGAAACCUGGAAGUAACCCGUUCUGUUACUUCCGGGUCACCACAGGAUGCAACCUGAAAAGAUUUAACCCAAAGCAACUUUAACCCGAGGUAUGACUGUACAGGGCCGAGGCCGUUCAGGGCUUUAAAGGUCAGCACCAACACUCUGAAUUGUGCUUGCAAACAUACAGAGCUAUAGUUCCUAGCGUCCUUAACAAACCACAAUUCCCAGGAUUCUCUGGGGGAAGCCACGUGCUUCCUGUGUAUAGUGGAUGUGACCUUAGACAUUGCGGCCUGCAGGAUAUGUAGCAGCAGAUGCAGUGGUGUGACGCUAGACUAGCCUGUCUCCCUCGAUGCAUUUCCUGGACGAAGUUUGGAUGGGGCUUUUGACACCCUUCUGUGUGCCUGUUUCAGGAAAAUUCCUGAAAGAGAAGAGGACUUUUUGCCCCCUGCUUGCUGUCUGCUGGAGAAACAAAGGGAACUGGCAGAGGUGGAACAAGCUCUAUUGGCCCAGAAAGAGGUAAUGCAAACUCUUUGGAGAACCACUCCAAACCAUCUCUUGGACCAAGUGGUGGCUGGUGUGCCAGUUGGGAGUGGUUGGGAAGAAGGCAGGAAGUCCAACAGUAGAUAGCGCCACAGCCACUGACAGGCAGGUCUGACUGAUCCUAUUUUGUCCUCCUCCUCCUCUCUGCUGAGUUCUAGAAGGGCAACACAGAGAUGGAGGAGAAAGAAGAAGAUGGCAGCCAGGGCUAACUUUUGGACUGGUUGUAAGAAAGAAGGUAGUCGGGGAGAGGGAUGAUGAGGUUAGUGAGGCAGUUGCUCCUUCAUCUCAUGGACCAGCCCUCACUGUUUGGCUUCAUAUAAGAAAGACCUACAUCAGGCAUUAGAGACGCGGAUGGCUCUGUGGGUUAAACCACAGAGCCUAGGGUUUGCCGAUCAGAAGGUCGGCUGUUCGAAUCCCCGCGACGGGGUGAGCUCCCGUUGCUCAGUCCCUGCUCCUGCCAACCUAGCAGUUCGAAAGCACCUCAAAGUGCAAGUAGAUAAAUAAGUACCGCUCCGGCGGAAAGGUAAACGGCGUUUCCGUGUGUUGCUCUGGUUCGCCAGAAGCAGCUUAGUCAUGCUGGCCUCAUGACCCGGAAUCUGUAUGCCAGCUCCCUUGGCCUGUAAAGCAAGAUGAGCGCCGCAACUGCAGAGUCAGUCACGACUGGACCUAAUGGUCAGGGGUCCCUUUACCUUUACAUCAGGCAUAGCCAAACUCAGCCUCCAGAUGUUUUGGGACUACAACCCAUCAUCCCUGACCACUGGUCCUGUUAGCUAGGGAUGAUGGGAGUUGUAGUCCCAAAACAUCUGGAGGGCCGAGUUUGCCUAUGCCUGUCUUAGACUUUGGAACAAGCAUAGGAACUUCCAGCAAAAUCCUAACCCUAUCACUAAAUUGGAGUUACAACUUAAAAAAAAGAACUACAAAGAGUUAUUAAAAACCAAAAAAAGAACCGCAGACUCUCUCAUUUGGCAGGCCCUCAUAAAAGCGCCAAUAGAAAAAGACAAUUCCAACUUCUGGAAAAUUAUCUCCAGUCAAACCAAAGCUCCUAAUGAGGGCACAAUAAUCCCUGCAAAUUCAUGGGAAGAGCACUAUAAAGUGCUGUUUAGGGAACAUCGUCCUUCUGCGCCGCUUAACAUCCCCUAGAUAAUGAUACACCAUGGCCCCCAACAUCUGAAACUGAAAUCACUUCGCUAAUUCUACAAAUGAAAUCUGGCAAAGCCCCAGGAAGUGAUUUUAUUGUCGCUGAACUUCUGAAAGCGCAAAUAAACUGGUGGGCCCCGGUCCUUGCUAAUCUAUUUUCAUAUAUAGAUAAGACAACUGAAAUCCCUAAAGAUUGGGGACUAGCUAUAAUUGUUCCCAUAUUUAAAAGGGCAACCCCUCGGAUCCAUCUAAUUAUAGACCAAUUAGUCUCCUGAAUGUGAUCUGUAAACUUUAUACAAAACAUCUAUGCCUAAAAUUAUGGGAAUGGUUAGAUCAUAAUAACUUGCUAGAAAUUGAACAAGCAGGGUUUACAUCCGGACGUUCCACCAUUGAUCACUGCUUAGUGCUAGAUUACUUUGUCUAUAAGUAUGCAAAAUAUUGGAAAAAGUCAUUAUAUGCGGCCUUUGUGGACCUAAAGGCAGCAUUUGAUUCUGUAUCCAGGAGCAGGCUCUGGGCCAAAUUGGCCAAUAUGGGUAUUAACAGAAGGUUAUUACUUCUGAUGAUUAAGCUUCAUGAGAACAAUACCCUCCAGAUAAGACUUGCACAGGACGGCAGACUCUCUAGAGAAAUCCUAGUCCAAAGAGGAGUUAGACAAGGAUGCCUAUUAGCCCCAUUCCUAUUUAAUAUCUAUGUCAACUCCCUGGUCACAUGCUGCCGUGAAAUUGAAACCCACCCCCCUGUGUUCUCUAAUGGCAGAAAAGUACCAAUUUUAAUGUAUGCGGAUGACGCUGUUCUUCUCUCUCAAACCAAAGUGGGUCUGAAACGUGCCUUAGGAAAGUUUAGUGACCAAUGUAACACUGAACUGUUAACAAUUAAUUUUGCCAAAACCAAAAUUGUACAUUUUAACCGCUCCUUUAGGAAGGAUAAUUGGAGCGUAAAGGGAACGCCAUUGAACAGACUAAGACCUUCCAAUACUUAGGCAUUACUUUCUCUUAUAAUGCCAAAUUCUCAACACACUUGACCACAUCAGCUAUAUCAGCAGAAAGAAGUGCAAAUGCUAUCCUUAGAUUAUUCAGAAGGAAAGGAGCUGGCUUCCUCCCGAUGGCCCUAACAGUCUUUCAGGCAAAAUCUUUAGCCCAACUUCUAUAUGGCUCUCAAAUUAGCCCCUCUGCCAACCUUAAGACCCUUGAAACAGUACAAUCUAAAUUCUUAAGAUCAUUAUUUGCUACUCCUAAGUGUACACCUAAUGCAGUCUUAAGGCAAGAGGCAGGACUGCCCAGAGUGGAAUUAAAAGUCUGGGAACAAGCAAUAUCCCUCUGGCUGAAAAUCCAUUACAAUCCUAAGGGUCUAUUACCUUGCUUCCUGGCUGCAGUUCCCUAUCCUCCUUGGCUUAUGCAAAUAACUAACAAGAUCAAACAAAUUGGCCUAAACCCUGAAAAUAUUUUUAUUGGAACUCUGAACAAGGCAAAAGCUACUAUCACUCGGAGACUUUAUGAUAUCGAAUUACAACAAGAAGGCGCCCUACUCCCAGAGACGUAUAGAUGUAUAAAAGCUUGGCCUAAUUUUGCAGCUGCCCCUUACUUAACUAACAUCACUAACGAAACCUAUAGAUGGGCUUUCUCUAGAGCCCGCUUUGAGACAAUGCCCUCAGCAGUGCUGUACGGCAAAUUCACGCGAGUUCCAAUGCAGGCGCGUCUCUGCCCUUGUAUGUCUAAUAAGGUAGAAUCUGUCACACACAUUCUUCUGUCUUGCGAAUUCUAUAGUGAAGAACGAGUUCAACUUAUUUUACCGCUUCUAUCAAAAUUUAUACCCCUUCAAUAUUAUUUGGAAUCCUCCCCUGAAACUCUUCGAAAAUACCUCCUGGAAGAUUCCUCAAGCUCAGUAUCAUAUGAGGUGGCUAAAUAUUGCACUUUAGUAAUUAAGAAGCGUAAAUCUCUUCUGUUGAAUGGCACACUGUGAAGUUCUCUUGUGUAACCUUUUUCUUUUCUGAAGUUGUUGCUGAUUUCUUGUUGUCUGAUCUUAUGGUGUUUAGUGUCACUGGCUUUGGCCGCAAUAAACUUGACUUGUAAUAGGAACUUGCCUUAUACCAAGUCAUGCCACUGGUCCAUGUACCUCAGUGUGGUCUACACUGAUCGGCAGCCCUCGAUGAGGGUGGUUUUCCAACCAGCUCCAGCUCCACGUGAUGGUGCUAUUAUUUAGCCUGAAUGUGUCCAGUUUGCUAACUACGACAACAACACAGGGAAUUUUGAGAAAUGUUUUGCUGUAACCAAGAUAAAUUACAUCCAAAGCAUUCCGACCGUCUACUGAGUUAGUAAGCCAAUAAGAAAAAGAGAAAGAGAAAACUCACCUGCCUGACUCCUCCCCGACUGAUAUUCCUUUGCCCCCCCUUCCAAGGAAUUCCAGUUGAAAAUGGAAGAGCUGCAGCAACGACGGAAGGAACUGGAGCGCAAAGAGGGCCAGCUCAAAAAGUCCAUUUUAAAGUUUGACAAGUUCCUGAAGGUCUGUAAGUGCUCAGGGGAUGAGUGAUGUGGUGGUGUGGUGGUGUGGUCGGCAGGGGCGCAGCUAGGCCUCUCUGUGCGGCUCUCGUGAUCCGUAGGCCCAUCUCCCGUAGGACAAUGAUGCCAAGCGGAGCCGGGCUCUGCGGAAAGCUGCCGAGGAGAAGCAACAAGCAGCCCAGAGAGUGGCGGAAGCUGAGCGCCUCAAGGAGGAGAUUGCGCACCUGCUGGCCGUGAAGGACAAGCUGCAGUGGCAGCGGGAGAGACACAAGGCCUUCCCAGAGUAUUUGCAGAAGGUUCUGGAAAAGACGGAGCAGGUGAGAGGGUGGGGAGAUUGAGAGAGCAGGAGCCUGAGAGGAGACGCUAGGAGGACCCCCCAAAACCCUCCCUGUGUGAGGUUUCUGGCACAAGUCAAGGCCUUCAGCCAGAACAUAGGAAGCUGUGCUAUACUGUAUUGGAUCCAUUGGUCCAUCUAGCUCAGUACUGCCUGCACUGACUGGCAGCAGCUGCCCAAGCCCUGUCUGGAGUUGCCAGGGAUUGAACCUGUGACCUUCUGCAUGCAGGAAGCUCUACGACUGAGCUGUGGCCAUCAUGGCAUAGGUGGCUGUCUUUUACCAAGUCAGAACAUUACCUACACUGUAUUGUCUGUGCUGAAUGGCAGCUGUUCUCCAUGGUUUCAGACAUUCCCAGGUCUACCUGCUGGGGAUUGGAUCUGGGGCCUUCUGCACACAAAGCUCCGGCACUGAGCUAUGUGUCCCUGGAAGCUUUCUGUUAUGUACUGAGUUGAAUAGGAUCCAAAAUGCAGCAGUCUGAUUGAUCCUAGAACAAUAGGAUUCAGAAUGCAGCAGUCUGAUUGGUCCUAGAACAAUAGGAUUCAGAAUGCAGCAGUCUGAUUGGUCCACAGGAGCCACCCAAUCCAGCUCCAGGUGGAAGGGAAUCCGCAACCUGAUCGGCCUACAGGAGAAUCCCGGAAUUAGCCAGUCACGUGGGGCCCAUUGUGUAAAUAAUGUAUAUAAGGCAGACGUUCUGGGGGAACUUCCCUUCCUCCUCACCACUAUGCGCUGAAUAAAGAGCAUUAAAUCCACUCUCAACUUCGAGUAUAUUUCACUUUCCCAUGGCUAGUACAGUCGUAACUCGGAAGUCAAAUGGAACCUGUUCUGGAAAUCUGUUCGACUUCCGAAAUGUUUGGAAACCGAAGUGCAGCUUCUGUGUGGCUGCAGGAAGCACCAUCAGCAAUGGCUAAUGGUCAGGGAUAAUAGGAGUUGUAGUCCUGUACAGACUGUUCAAGGAUGAGUUUAUUCUCCAUCCUCUUAUCCAUCCCAGUUUCAGGGCAUCCCAGAGCUGAUUGCCCAGUUCCAGGCUCUGAUGGCCACCCAGGCCACCUUGGCCCAGAGGGAGCUCUUUGGCCAGGAAGCCGUGGAGGAGGAGCGUGCCCGCCUGCAACGCUACACGGAGGAAAGCAGCAACCAGAUCUUGCAGCAAAACAACCGGGUGGCGGAACUGCAGGCGCAGCUGGAGCAAGCCCAGACCAGGGUCCUGGAACUGGUAAGACGACGGGAUCCAUGAUAAACAGUCAAAAACCUUUCUAUUCCAUCAGAUAUCAGCAGGCAAUCCUAGGGCUGCCAUACAUCUGGUUUCCCCAGAUAUGUCUGGAAAUUGCUCAGAAAAAUGGCGUUCGGGUGGGUUUUUGCCUAAUCGGCAAAAUGUCCGGGGAAACCCUAUGUCAAGUUGGGCUAUUUUUGUUUUUUUUAAAAAUUCUUUAAAAAUCAAAGAAAAGCCCCCUAUUUUGGGGGGGGGAAUGUUCCUCCCCAAAAGCUGAACAACUCUGUCCCUGAUCUUUUCACUUUGGGGUCACGGCAUCCCUAGGCAAUGUAGAAUACAUUUUCCCAUAAUAGCUGAUUUCUAGAAUUUUAUGCAUAUAGGGAUGUUGUGGAGAAGAAGUGUUUGUAUUUGAUAUCCUGCUUUAUCACUACCCGAAGGAGUCUCAAAGCGGCUAACAUUCUCCUUUCCCUUCCUCCCCCACAACAAACACUCUGUGAGGAGAGUGGGGCUGAGAGACUUCAGAGAAGUGUGACUAGCCCAAGGUCACCCAGCAGCUGCAUGUGGAGGAGCAGGGAAGUGAACCCGGUUCACCAGAUUACGAGUCCACUGCUCUUAACCACUACACCAACCACUACACCACUCUGGUGGGGGACAUGUUGUGCUCCUUCUGGGGUAGUUUGCUCCCACCCUGUACUCAGAAACUCUGUGCAUAAAAGUAAUGUGGCCAUUUGGAUAGAGCGGUUAGAGGGUCAGACUAGGACCUGUGAGAGAUCAGGGUUCAAAUCCCCGCUCAGCCAUGAAACUCACUGGGAGUGAGCUUGGGCCAGUCAAGGCCCCUCAGCCUAAUCUACCUCACAGAGUUGUUGUGUGGAUUAAAAUGAGGAAGGGGAGAACCACACAUGCUUCCUCGAGCUCCUUAUAGAGAAAAAGGUGGGAAAUAAACAGAAUAAACAAAUACACAAAGCCUAGGCACAGGCAGGGCAGAUGUGGGGUGCCUUUGGCGCUACAGAUGUUUUGCUGAACUACAGCUCCCACAAUCCCUGCUCAUGGGCCACACUUGCUGGGGCUGAUGGGAGUUGUAGUUCAGCAACACCCGCAGGGCCCAAAGUUCCUCACACAUGCAUGAAAGAGGCAAGAGGCACCCCUAACUCUCUGUUCUUGCUAGUAAGCUUGAUCUUUAUUGAUCUUUCGCAACAGGGUGCUCCCCUCACCCGCAGGAGAUAGGAGGGACCCAGAAAAAUGGCACGCAAGGCCUUAUAAAGACUUUUGAAAUUGCCACCCUGUAGAUCAAGACCACCCCCAGAAACAUCAUACAUACAUCACAGAAGGGGUGUAACCUAAGACCACCCCUCAGAUACAUCAUACCUACAUCACAGAAAAGGCGGUCUAAACAGAAAUUUGAAUGUUGUUUUUCUCCUGUCGGUGUUUAUCUCCUGUCUGGCAGGUUACUUGACUGGAUUUCCUGGGGAGCCUGGCUAGCCUUUUGUAAUGAUAAAUACUUAGUUCCUGGACCAGGUCACAGGCUCACACCCUAUUCAUAUCUUAGAUGUGCCCUUAAGACAGGAUUUGUGAGGAAAGAGACAAUGGGAGGUUUCACACUUUGACCUUGCAGAGAAAACGUUUGCUCAGUUUAGAAAUCAAAAUGGUUCUAGGUCAGUCUUCCUGUGCUGAUCUAUGUACAUGCUUGGUUGGUACACUUAUGAACAUUACCAUAUAUCUAAGACCAUAAAAUUCCUAUCACACUGGCCUGCUGCAGGAGUCUAACUGGGUUUGCAUCCAGAACACCGCGGCCGACAAGACAUUGGAGCUUGGGCGGAUCAAGCUGGCAGCUUUGAACCUCUUCCAGAUGGUUGCCAAGCACAGGAAGUUGCCAGCCGACGUGCCUAUGGAAGACACGGCAGCCCAACUCGAUGCGGUCAGUGGGAAGGCACAAGCCCCCCCCCCUUUUUAAGUGGCUCAUUGGGAGCUUUGCAAGCAGUGGGCAACUUAACAGGGCCCCAGAAAGGUCCAUCAGUUCAGACACCAAUCUUGGGCCUCUCUGAGGUUGAUGGGCCUGGACUGCUGCCGUUUUAAAUUCCCACACUGUCCUUGAAUGCCCAGCAUUGUGCCUGCUCUGUUGGCAGUUUAAAAUGGCAGCUUUCCAGCUGCCUGAGCCUUUGGUCUGAUUCAGCAGAGCUCUUACAUUCGCUCCUUUCCGCUUUAAUUUCCUUCUUUACCCCACCCCUCUGCUCCUUACCCAAAAAACCCAAAGCCUUCUUGUUUGUAUGAAUCUACUUCAGAAUGGGGUGGGGUAGGGGGUUGCAUUUACCACCCCUCACCAAAAAAACUGUUCCCUCAGCAUGGCAAUAGGGUUUGUCAGCAGGGGGAGGGAUUUAUUCAAAUUCGAAUUUCACUGACUCAUUUCACAAAAAUUGAUAUCUCAGUUGAUUUUUUAAAAGAGCCCCAGAACCCCACCCUCAGAGUGGUUUGCAAAAAGAAUAAAACAAUGAAACGGUCAGUAUAUACACAUUUAAACAACAACUAUGGAAAACAUUUAAAAAUAAUUGACAGUAAGUUGAACAAAAAAAUCUAGUUUUAAAUGCUUGCCGGUGUUCUACUUGUCUGGGUACGCUUGCCUAACCAAAAAUAUUUAUAGCAGUGUAUAGCGAAGCACCUGCCUGGUGUCAAAAGGCAGGGAGUUCCCAAGUUGGGGUUCUGCCGCACUAAGAUAUCAAUUUAUUAUUAUGUGCAAUCUGCAGAAUCAUGUCAGUUCUGCAGAUUGGAGCUGUCAGGUGGGCACAUAAGGAGCAAGGCGAUCCCACAAGCAAACUGGUUCCAAGCUGUUAAGGGUUGCUUUUAUGAACAGCAAACGCCUUGAAGUUGGCCUGGCAGCAAAUUGGCAAAAUUUAGUCUAUUGUUAUUUAACUUUCCAAAGGUCUUUCCGUUAUUCUUAUUUGUUUUUAUUGAUAAUUUUAUUCUUUUAUCUCUUUAGUAAACCACUUUGAGUUUGUUUUCCGUUUUACAAUCAUGAAAUAAAUGUUUGGCCCAAACUGAAUCUUUUUACGAAUCUCUGUUGCUCUGAUGCCUCCAGGUUGAGCUUUGUGUCGUGGACUUGAACGACAUCCUGGCCAACUUCCGCAAAGGGGAACCCGCGCCAGUCCCUCAGCCAGAAACAACAGCGGCAUCUCGCUCCGAGACAGACCCCAGCUAACCACCUCGACCACCUGGGGUGAGUUUAUUAUCAUCACCAUCUAAUUUAUUACCAGUCCUUCAACCAGCAGGCCCCAGGACAGGUUAUAGCCCUUUAAAAUUCAGAAUUAAGAAAAGUUAAAACAGGUUACGAAAUUAAAAGACGCCUGCUUCUUGGGAGAAAGCAAUGACAAACCUAGACAGCAUCUUAAAAAGCAGAGACAUCACCUUGCCAACAAAGGUCUGUAUAGUUAAAGCUAUGGUUUUCUCAGUAGUGAUGUAUGGAAGUGAGAGCUGGACCAUAAAGAAGGCUGAUCGCCGAAGAAUUGAUGCUUUUGAAUUAUGGUGCUGGAGGAGACUCUUGAGAGUCCCAUGGACUGCAAGAAGAUCAAACAUCUCCAUUCUGAAGGAAAUCAGACCUGAGUGCUCACUGGAAGGACAGAUCGUGAAGCUGAGGCUCCAGUACUUUGGCCACCUCAUGAGAAGAGAAGACUCCCUGGAAAAGACCCUGAUGUUGGGAAAGAUGGAGGGCACAAGGAGAAGGGGACGACAGAGGACAAGAUGGUUGGAUAGUGUUCUCGAAGCUACCAGCAUGAGUUUGACCAAACUGCAGGAGGCAAGGGAAGACAGGAGUGCCUGGCGUGCUCGGGUCCAUGGGGUCACGAAGAGUCGGACACGACUAAAUGACUAAACAACAACAAAACAGGUUACAGUCUCAGGAAUAAGCUGGGCCCUGAAAACUCAGAUCUUAGGUGCCAAAGGCCAGAGAGAAGUCGUGUGCCUUCGGCAUUUGCCAAAAGCUCUGCAGUGAAGGUGCUAGGCCAGGGGUCGGCAAUCUAAGGCCCAUGGCCCACAAGCGGCCCAUGGGGGUCGUUUAACUGGCCCAUGGACCCCCGCCACCCGUGCACUGCGCUAAACUGGUGCGGAGCAGAGUGGGGACCACCUUCCGUGACGCUGGCCGACUUCCUAUUGGCUGCUGGAAGCUCCUGCAGCCAAUGGGAAGCUGCGCACGCCUCCUCAGCGCCGGAAAUAGCGUUUGCGCAUGCGUGUGUGCGUGCACUCCGGCCCACCACGGCGUCUGCGGGACCGUGAACUGGCCCAAGCCACAAAAAUUUUGCCAACCCCUGUGCUAGGCGCACCUUUGUGAGGGAGUUCCACAACUUAGGGGCUGCCACAGAGAAUGUGCUUAGUGGCCACUGAAUCCAGAUGUUUUCUGGGGGCAGGGAGAACCUUAAAAGAAGGGGGAAUGGAACUGAGUGGUCAGAAUCCUGAACAAGGGACAGUUUGACACAAGUCCCAUUUGCUUUAUUUUAAUGUCUGUUGCCUUGAGGCCCCCUCUCCAAACACCAGGACAGAAACACCAGCAUUAUAACCAGGAAAACCGAUACACUCUUCCUCAUCUCUAAAUGCACCCUUAUAGUUCUAAUCAGAGUAAACCCCCUAGUCUGUCCCCAGUGUUUUCUGUCCACUGGCACAAAGAGCUAUUGGACCAGCAGGUGGGCGAGUGUUAAUGUUGUGCAACUGACGAACCACGCAGAGCAGCUGUGCUGGUGGGAGCUCGCUGUACAAUGGAUUGCAUAACCUGUUGCUCAAGCAAAAUCGCUGGUCCUCUUGCUCAGGCAGUCUCUGUUCUGUUGGCACAAAACCAUUUCGCCAGCAGAGAAAGUAUAAAGCUAGGCGACUUUGCUGUGGCGCUACAUUGGAGACAACCGACUGAAGUUAACAGACGCCAGAUGGCGAGCUCUGUCAAUUCCAACAGGUGCAUUCUGAGUGGGACCAAGGUAAAAAGGUAAAGGACCCCUGGAUGGUUAAAUCCAGACAAAGGUAACUAUGGGGUUGUGGCGCUCAUCUCGCUUUUCAGGCCGAGGGAGCCAGUAUUUGUCCACAGCUAGCUUUCCAGGUCAUGUGGCCAGCAUGACAAAACCGCUUCUAGCGCAAUGGGACACUGUGACGAAAGCCAGAGCACACAGAAACGCCGUUUACCUUCCUGCCGCAGCAGUACCUAUUUAUCUACUUGCACUGGCGUGCUUUCGAACUGCUGGUUGGCAGGAGCAGGGACAGAGCAACGGGAACUGACCCUGGCACGGGGAUUCGAACUGCUGACCUUCUGAUUGGCAAGCCCAAGAGGUUCAGUGGUUUAGACCACAGCGCCACCUGCGUUCUGCAACAGCUGCAUUCCGAUUAGAACAUAUACAGGAUAAGCACUUCUUCCACAGCAGUUUGCUCCCAAGGGUUCUGCACACAGGCGAAAAUCACGUAUACCCAAACCCCUGGAGUUGCCCCAGUGGAUUGUGGGCGAGGGGCAGAAAGAGAGAACCCCCAGAGCCAGCCUGCUAAGCAGGCCUUGCCCAAAGCAAGCGAGGCUGAGAACUUCAAAGCUCUCUUUGAGCUGGGUCUGCUGAGGGUAGCUUGCGAGGGCAAGGUACACAAAACCCGGGAGACUAUGGAUGCUCGUGCUGAGUGUCACAUAUGCAUCCAAGAGCUGGUGCACUGAGCAGGCCUUCCCCCCGCCCCCGAGCGAGGCGGAGAGCUUAAAAGCUCUUUCUGCUCCAGGUAGCUCCAAACGGAUCCCAGUGCGAACAGAGCUUUUAAGCUCUCCACUUUGCACAGAUCUAAUUUGUGCCGUUCCAUCCAGGUGCAUGGUUGAAAUUGCACAUGUGAAAAUGCACGUCAGAUGCAGCCCACUGUCUCCCCUUUGUUAAUUUUUCAGUGGUGAUUUUUUUGGGGGGGGGGGCCUCAGUAACUGAUGGAGAACAGGUGAGGGUGGGGGAGACCUGCAGGAUAAAUGUUCAGCCCAGACCAGAUUCAAAUUCAGAGCAGCAGCUGAGGGUACAGUAGAGGAAGGUUUGGGGGUGGAAGAUGGCAUCGAUCCAAACUGAUUAACAGAAAAGGUAGGAGGGAGAGAGGAACGCUCGUAGAAGCUUGGUAAAAGGGUGAUUUUAAUCUUCCCCAGAGUUUACACAGCAAAUAAAUGACGGUUGUCGGCGGAGCUCUCGGAAGCCUGCUCGCACCGGCUUUGCCCCCGCCUACAUCCUCUUCCGCAUCUUGCCCUUCUUGGCUGCCCCUCGCCCGAAGGCCGUCUGGCGCAUCUCUUGCACCCGCUGCCGGUUGCGCGACUUCAGGCGCUUCAAGCUGCCGCUCUGUAGGAAGCGCUGUUUGGCUGCCUUCUUCCGUUGCCUCAAGAUCUGCUGCUUGGUUUUCAGCUCGGAGCGGAUCUUCCCCUGCUGGGGGCCGCGGCUGCCGUGGGAAGCCGGGGCAGGGUGGGCACCUUCAGAAGGAAUCACAAAUGUGCGCAUUAUUAUUCCAUUGAAGUACAGUAAGAAUACAAUGUGUGUGUGUGUGUGUGUGUGUGUGUGUGUGUGUGUGUGUGUUAUGUUCUGGUCACUGUAGGCGUGGAGUGGCCACCAAGACCAUAUAACACCGGUCCUGAAAGACCUACAUUGGCUCCCAGUACGUUUCUGAGCACAAUUCAAAGUGUUGGCCCUGACCUUUAAAGCCCUAAAUGGCGUUGGCUCAGAAUACCUGAAGGAGCAUCUCCACCCCCAUAGUUCAGCCCAGACACUGAGGUCCAGCACCGAGGGCAUCCUGGCGGUUCCCUCCGUGCAAGAAGUGAGGUUACAGGGAACCAGGCAGAGGGCCUUCUCGGUGGUAGCGGCUGCCCUGUGGAAUGCCCUCCCAUCAGAUGUCAAGGAGAUGAGUAACUAUAUAACCUUUAGAAGACAUCUGAAGGUAGUCCUAUACAGUGGUAUCUCUGGUUACGUACUUAAUUUGUUCCGGAGGUCCGUUCUUAACCUGAUACUGUUCUUAACCUGAGGUAUCACUUUAGCUAAUGGGGCCUCCUGCUGCUGCUGCACCGCCGCCGCACGAUUUCUGUUCUCAUUCUGAAGCAAAGUUCUUAACCCGAGGUACUAUUUCUGGGUUAGCGGAGUCUGUAACCUGAAGCAUAUGUAACCCAAGGUACCACUGUAUAGGGAAGUUUUUAAUGUUUGAUGUUUUAAUGUGAUUUUAAUUCUGUUAGUAGCCACCCAGAGUGGCUGGAGAAACCCAGCCACAUGGGUGGGGUAAAAAUAAUAAAUUAUUAUUAUUAUUUCUACAAGCUGCUGUUAGGAAUGCCAGAAGACUUGAAAGCUUGAAGAACUACCCUGCCUCAAACAUGUUUCUCCAUAUGCCAACACGACGACCUCUCCCAAGAGCA